CAUUAGGUCUUGCAUCUUGAGGCUGGGUGGUUUGGUUUGUUACAAGUUAUGUUGUACGAUUCUGCGCUGCUUGAAGUCCGUGGCUGUUGCCACAUAUGUUGGACUACUCCAGGUGUUGAACUGAACACGCGUUUGAGCAGAAUGUGAGCGCUCCGACCGAGUGGCCAAGUGUGUCGCUUGGUUCCGAAACUGAGCUACUCGUUCGUAGCUCGUGUGGAAGUGUCGCGAUGCAUCGACAUACAGGGGAUGUUCCUGCAAGACACAACUUAAAGUUCAAGAUGACAGCUAUGUACUUGAUGGCGUGCAUUCUGGUACUAGCUCUCGUUGCGCUCAGUUACCGGCAGUUGGGGAGCUCGGCAAAGGCCUCCUCUGUCCCGUCGGUGCCUGUGCCAUCCUCGGGCUUCAACGCCGGCCAUCAUCCGCCUGUUUCUGUUGUUGCCAAGCAGCUCCCUCUAUUAAAGACAGCUGAUGAAGCAGGAGCCGACGAGAAGGACAAACUGAUUGCCAGAAUGGAGAAUAGACUGCGCGACUUGGAAGCCCGCAUCCAAAAACUUGAAAAGAAUGCACCAAAGACUUUCCCCAUUGUGCAGCAGCUAGACUACAGAGAGAAGAAGCGCAUCCUGGUUGCUGGUGGUGCUGGAUUUGUGGGGAGCCACCUUGUUGAUUAUCUUAUGCAACAGGGCCAUCAAGUCACUGUGGUGGACAAUUUUUUCACUGGCAGCAAACGCAACAUUGAGCACUGGAUUGGCCAUCAAAAUUUUGAGCUCAUUCAUCAUGACAUUGUCAGUCCUUUGUUCAUUGAAGUCGACUACAUCUACAACUUAGCUUCACCCGCAUCUCCUCCCCACUACAUGAUGAAUCCUGUGAAGACAAUCAAGACAAACACAUUGGGCACCAUCAACAUGCUCGGGCUGGCAAGACGUGUUGGUGCUCGUCUUUUGAUAACGUCAACUUCAGAGGUCUAUGGGGACCCAGCUGUGCAUCCUCAGAAUGAGGACUAUUGGGGCCACGUCAAUCCUGUGGGGCCACGAUCGUGCUACGACGAGGGCAAGCGAGUUGCCGAGUCCCUCUGCUAUGCUUAUGCCAAACAGGAGAAUGUCGACGUGCGUGUGGCUCGUGUAUUCAACACAUAUGGGCCACGCAUGCAUUUGAAUGAUGGCAGGGUGGUCAGCAACUUCAUUCUACAAGCAUUGCAGGACAAACCGUUGACUAUACAUGGCUCCGGCAAGCAGACCAGAUCGUUUCAGUAUGUCAACGACCUCGUAGAUGGCUUGGUCGCCCUGAUGCACGCAAACUACUCGAGACCUAUAAAUCUUGGAAACCCUGAGGAGCAUACCAUCGAGGAAUUCGCACAGAUUGUAAAGAACCUUGUUGGGGGAUCGAGCAAAAUAGAAUAUGUCAGCACUGUCAUUGAUGACCCCCAGAGGAGAAGACCUGACAUUACACGAGCCAAGAAAUACCUCAGCUGGGAACCAAAAGUGCCACUGCUUGAUGGUUUAAGGAAAACUGUGACUUACUUCAAGGAGGAAUUGACGAAGAAUAGCAAGACCUACAACCCACAACUAAGUCAAAGCACACAGAGCUGAAGAGGCGUAGCCUCACGCACUUGUCAACACGUUCACGCCCGUGUACUGCACUUUUACAAACUUCAUAGAAGGCCAGUGCUUCACAGCGCAUUGAAGAAACUUGACAGGCUUGCUAAAAGUAGUGCUGUUGUGUUAGUUAAAUUGAAUGAGCAGCGUGCAUGUGCCAUCACUAAACUUGUCAUUUCAAGUGUGUUCCUGUAACUUGAGUUCCUUUUACAGAGAUCAAGCUGUUAUUAGGACUUAUUUCCGAUAAAUAUAUUUUAUGUGUGUGUAGAUGCAUGGUGACUUUUAUGUGUACAGAGACUAUAUUGUUGGUUCACCGCUCUUGUAAAUAUUUUCACCUUUCUGUUAGACUCUAAGGUGAAUCUCGUCAGUUGGUUGGAAAACCGGGCAGUGGGAACGUGACGCUUGUGGGAGAUGCAUUGUAUUUUAUUUCAUUUAUUUUCACAAGUUAAGCAUAUCAACAUGUGCUGCUAGUGAUAUCGCCAGAAGUUAUCAAUCAGACAUACGGUUUUUGGAAUCAUACUUUAAAAAAAUAAAUAACUUCUUUCGAUUGAGCUCAAAGGAUGGUAUAGCCCUCGUGUUUGUGGGGAACUCUUUAAAGUGACCCCCCUCCCUCCCCCACCCUCAGAGUGUCAGUCCUUUAGGACAAGUCAAUCACCUUUUGGUGCUGCUGUGUUACCAAGCUGCUCAGCCCUGUUUCCUCUACAGAGAUGUGAAGUAAGCUUUAGAAGCCGAAUUCACAUCAUCGUGUGCAUCAACUGGAAUCUAUUAGUAAACUUUAAAUUUCACCUUUUCUUUUGACAAACAUGGAUAUCCUGGUUAGGUAUCCCAAUUUUCAUGCUAUUUACGGGUUGUCUUGAGAUGCAUUGAACUUUUUUAGUUGUUACAAGUGCUUGGUAGUACUAGUGAAGUGCCCUAAUCUUGUCACCUUGUUCCCAAAGAAUUCGUAACUUUCUGAGUGUUGUACGAUGUGGGUGAUCUUUGAAUUCUCACGCGGAUAUGCAAAACAAGUAUGGCUAUUUGUUGACAAAGUUAGUCAUUGGUAAGCAGGAGUUCGCAGCAGUGAGCUUGCUAUUCACUGUUUUAUUAAUUAUUGUUUUCAAAAUAUUCUUCACUGUGACAGCAAAUAGUGGGAUUCAAGUGUUUGUGAAGCUUCUUGGUUCACUGCUGUUUCUGAUAGUGAUGCCCUGCACUGGCACUCUUUCAGUUCCUUGUUAAAGGGGCCAUGACACCCAAUUUUCGAUCAUAAUCUGUUUUGUGUGGGUUAAUCCGUGAGCCUUCACAAGUAAGCUGGUGAAAUUUUCACAUUUUUGGUCGAGCACUUAGUUUAUGAUGGAACAUUUUUAAAAGAAUACGAGCGGCCUGAGACUCGGGCAACACUGGUAAACUCGCAAGCCAUGACGUAACAAGCAGCUGGCUUUGUGAGCAUCCGUUAUCUGGUCUACGAGAUUGUUUCAUAGUCACUUGCUCUUUAAAUUGAGGCACAUUAGAUCCAUUCAAUUCGGCACUGAAACUAAACGAUUUGUAGGGGCUGAAACUGGUUCAAGACCGAUGGCACUGCGUCUUGGUGCACGUGACGUAACAGGCGCCAAAGCAAAAUGGCAGUCGCCGGUGAUAGGGGGGGACUUACAGAUGGCGGCAUUUAGGGCUCGUUUCACCCUGAAACAUUUUUUUACAACCCACUUUUUAUAUCUGUAUCGGCAUAAUAUAGCAUCUACAUUUAUUUUUCACUGAAAACUGCAAAAAAAAAUGUUGGGUGUCUGUGUCAUGGCCCCUUUAAAGUGAAUAACAUAAUGAAGUGAAUAGGCAACAUUGCAGGAGUGAGUGUGCAUUUUAUAUUUAAGUUUAACUUGGUAUUCUGUUUUAUUUUUUUGUGACAACGAAGGAAAAACUAGAGUGGCAGUGUUUCUGCUCAGAUGUUUCUCUGUCGAAUCCUGCAGAGAUUUACAGUGCCUUUGGUUUCUUGGAUCAGAUACACUGAAUCGGUGUAGUUUCCACACGUGACAGUUUCACAUUUGUGAGUCUGCUUAGAAAGAAAGUAGAAAAGUAGGUCGAAUUCACUACUCACUGUUGAUUUUUGCUUCAUUUGACCUUUCUGUACAAGAUGCGUCCACAUUCUCUUCCCGAACUUGAAGGGGUAGUGCCAUGGCUCGUGUGUUCUUUGAUUCAAACAUUUCUUAUUGCCUUAGGAAGCAUGAUACAUGCUCCAAGAUUCAUAUAUUUCUGCUGUAUAAUUGAAUAUCUAUUCAUGUGAAUGACUUCUGGUUUCGGUUUCUGUGUGCCGAGUUGGACAUUGACAUCACUGUGUAGGAACCAUGAACACGUUGGCCCACAAAGGUGUGACACGCGUGCUGCUGCAUCGUGUGCUUUUGCAGACACACGUGAGGAACCAUCUGGACGCCUUCAACACUUGCUAAAGUUCUAUAACAGAGAGUAUUAGUGUGUACAGCAUGCUGGUAUAUGCUGAGAUAUUUGCAGAGUACCGGUUUACCGUAUGAUAGCAUCGACGCCUUAUAAUGCUUUGUGCAACCUCAUUGACAGGUGAGUUUCUUUGUUUUCACUGAAUGACCAUGGAAAAAAAAUGUUUCAAAAGGCGACACAUUCCUAACUAAGCAGCUGCCGAAAAUUUACACUAGCAAAGAAAUAGAAUGAAUUAGGUUUCUGCAACAGUAAUUCCAUGCUUGUCUGGUUCAUCUUAGCACCACUAGGUGGCUCCAUCUAUCCAACUUCUCACGUUUACGGUUACAGCAACCCGGCAUAAUAAAUUAAAAAAGUGUGUAAAUGAACUAAACUACUCUAAUGUCGCCUUCGUAGGUUCUUGUAACUCUGCAAAGUACUUUACAAAAUGUGAAAAACGUUGGCUACCUUGGCAGCAACCCCAGAAAAAAAUGAGUGUGGUUCGCAGUCAAUGCCGUCUUAGCUUAGUAGGUGCAGUGGAGCUGUGGGUCAUCAAUCCUCAUCACUCAUUGCACAUUACUCUUAUGUUGUCUGAUGUCACGAAAACGUUCAUUACGCUUCCUAAACAGUCACUUCAGUGUCAGUUGCACUAGGGGUGGGUCUCAACACUGAGAAUAAACAUUUAAUUGCACUUUGCAAGCAAAUUGUUAUAUAUUCUAAACAUUCACUGUGUUCCACACUUCAUUCUAAGUGUCCUUGUAAGCAGAGGAAGCUUACAGAAGGCUUUUUUAUAGCGUCAAAAUUUGGUGUCACCACCCCUUUAAGCUAAACAAGAUGAAUAUUGGAAAAAUUUUUCAAAAGUGCUUAUUUGCACAACUCUGCCUCGUAGUGUUUUUUUGAUUCUACACUUGUAUAAAUAUAUACAUAGAUGUAUAUUGUCAUUGAAAGCUAAAAAGAAACCUGCAGCUUUGCAUACUGCUGCAGUUUUGCUGUCUUUCUCCUUUGCCUUUCACUUUUGGACAUCUUUUCGUGAUCUUUUGUCUUUAUGUUACCCAAGAACAUAGCAUUUUACUGCAUCACUGCUUGUAAAAACUUGAGUGGAAGAUGCCAAAAUUAUUGCUGUAUAAAAUUUUUAGCUGAAAAACAGGCUGGCUGUUCGUGUUAAACAUAUCUAGUGUUUCUUGAAUGCUCCGAGGCACUGCAAAAAAUUUCAUGCCCAUAGCAGUGCAAGUGAAUUUUCGUUGUAUGAACAGUGCUAUUGCAGUGAAUAAUGCAGUGGUAGUGUGUACGGCCUACUCAUGCAUAGUCUCUUUUUCAUGAGAUGUCUGGUAUAGGACCUUUUAUUGAAGACAUUUACUUUCAGGUUUUUGUUGUUUGUCUGAUCUGUAAUUUGUCUCUGAACUUGUUCAAAAAUUCAUUGUGCUUUAGGUGUGUCUCUUUCGUGUGGAUAAUUUAUGUAGUUAAAGGCUAUAGUUAUUUUUACUGUGAAUAGCAAUUCUUGGAAUAGAAAGGACCUGGAACAUUCUUCCAUUUUGUUGUGAGAGUCCUUGAUUUUUAUUAUUGUCCUUGAAUUGUGAAAGAUAUCUAGCUGAAGAACUGUGCUUGCUUGCUUUGCAAAUUUAGCACUCAACUCGGUGUUAAGGUAUUUGCACAAUAUGGUUUAAAGCUAUGAUGCGGUGUAAGGGUUCUGGCAAAGCUACAGACGUGUGGCUGAUCGUUUGUUGGGCACCAAAUCCUUCCACAUGAAACCUACAGAAUAUUAUAAGCACAUAACUAUGUAGACGUGUGUUCAAGCAAGGCCGAAUGCACCUGCAAGUUCUCAUUUAGAGUUGUAUUAUUUUUAAUUUACAUGACUUUCUUGUAUAUUGCUCACUGGCACUGAGUGGCGAAAAUUCAAGGUGAUAUCAUCAAGUUAUGCUUCACAACACAAGUUUAUGAAUGCAAAAGCACUUGAUUUCACUUGAAAAUAGGAAUUCGUAAUUGUAGAUCAUGCUUUUAGUUAUUAUUUGUGACGUGGUGUUUACAUAAACAUGCCCAUCAGGAAAUGCUGAAAUUUGUUGUGAAUGUGUGCAAAUGCACAUGUGCUUUGAUUACUUUUAUUCUGUGCAUUAACAAAGUUUUGCAAAU